ACACACACACACACACACACAGUCACAGUCACAGUGCGCAUGCGUGAACAUUUACCCAGCAGGUAAACUCCACCAUGGCGGCGAGAGGCCAUGUGCAAGAUCCCAACGACCGGAGACUCAGACCGAUUUACGAUUAUCUUGACAAUGGCAACAAUAAAAUGGCGAUCCAGCAGGCGGAUAAACUGCUGAAGAAACAUAAGGACCUGCACUGUGCCAAGGUCCUGAAGGCGAUCGGCCUUCAGCGAACCGGAAAGCAGGAUGAAGCUUUCACUCUGGCCCAGGAAGUAGCAACUCUAGAGCCGACCGAUGACAACUCGCUACAAGCUCUGACUAUACUGUACAGAGAGAUGCAUCGCCCGGAGUUGGUGGCGAAGCUGUACGAAGCCGCCGUGAAGAAGGUCCCCCUGAGCGAGGAGUAUCACUCUCACCUCUUCAUGGCGUACGCCCGCGUCGGCGAGUACAAGAAGAUGCAGCAGGCAGGGAUGGCCUUGUAUAAAAUCGUGCCCAAGAAUCCGUACUACUUCUGGUCCGUCAUGAGUCUGGUGAUGCAGGCCAUCUCAGCACAGGAUGAGAAACUGGCUCAGACCAUGUUCCUGCCUCUGGCCGAGCGGAUGGUGGAGAAAAUGGUGAAGGAGGAGAAGAUCGAGGCCGAAGCGGAGGUGCAGUUGUAUUUCAUGAUCCUGGAGCGUUUGGGAAAGUGUGUCGAGGCUCUCGACGUGAUCAGAGGUCCACUUGGAGAGAAGCUGACCAGCGAGCUGCAGAGCAGAGAGAACAAGUGCAUGAUGCUCUACCAGAGGCUGCAGCGCUGGCCCGAGUGUAACGCUCUGGCUCACAAGCUGCUCCUCAAAAAUCCGGAUGAUUGGCAGUUCUAUCCCUCCUACUUCGACUCUCUCUUCCACCUGAUCGAUCAGUCGUGGAGCCCGCCGGAGGAAGGAGAGCACUGCUCGGAGGGAGCGGUGCAUCGCACUGUGGCUGAAGUGGUGAGGUUUGUGGAGGAGCGAAUCAAAGGGGAGGACGGCAAAGAGUCCCGCUCGCUCAGAGGACCCUAUCUAGCUCGGCUGGAAUUAAUCCACAGACUGAGAGAGCGAGGCUGUCCUGAAGAAAGCCUGCUGGGUGAUCCUUUAGAGCUCAUGGUGCAGUUCUUUGGGAAGUUUGGAGACAAACCGUGCUGCAUCACCGACCUGAAAAUAUACCUCCACCUGCUCUCUCCGGACCAACACGUUCAGUUCGUUAACCGUCUGAGUGAGGCGGUUCCGCUCGGGGAGCGAGGCGAGGAGGGAUUCGCUUUCCCGGACGACACCAAAGCGCUGCAGAGGCACCUGUGUGUGUGCCAGCUGAGCCGAGCGCUCGGGCUGCAUCACGCGCUCGAUGUGGAUGGAAAGCUUCGUCUGAUCACGGAGCUCAAAGCGCACUAUCGUCACGGACUAAAGUUUGGGAAGAACGCUCUGAAGACGGAGCUGCAGUUCUCUGAUAUGUAUUGUCUCAUGGCAGCUCAUGUAUACAUCGACUUAUGGAAAGAGACGGGGGACGAGAACAUGGUGUGGCAGGGUUUGGGCGUCCUGCAGGAGGGUCUGUCUCACAGCGCCUCCAACGCCCAGUUCAAGCUGCUGCUGCUGCUCCUCUACUGUCACCUGGGAGCCUUCGAGCCUGUGGUGGACCUUUACUCCAGCCUGGAUGCCAAGCACGUACAGCACGACACCAUCGGGUUCCUGUUGACGCGUUACGCUGAGUCAUUGGGUCAGUUUGCAGCAGCUUCCCAGUCCUGUAAUUUCUCCCUCAGGUUUUUCCACUCGAACCAGAAAGAUACCUCAGAGUAUAUCAUCCAGGCGUACAAGUACGGAGCGUUUGAGAAGAUCCCAGAGUUCAUCGCUCUCAGGAACAGGUUGAACCAAUCGCUGCACUUUGCCCAAGUCCGCACUGAGCGGAUGCUGCUGGACCUGUUCCUCGAGGCCGACAUCGUGUUGAGUCUGGAGGAGAGCGUGAAGGCCAUGUCUUUGUCUGCAGAGGAGGACGACAUCCCCUGGGACAACAUGAGGGACAACAGAGACCUGACUGUGUUCACCAGCUGGGACCCGAAAGAGAGAGAGUUGACGGACGAACACCGGCGUCAGUCUCUAGAGGAAGAGUCCGUCUGGCUGAGGAUACGCUCUCUAACUCUUCGCCUCCUCGCCUCUCUGGCCGGUUCGGGUCACACGCCCUCGCAGCAAAACUCUGAGAUUGCCAACGAGAACGGAGUCGGAGACAAGAGCUCGAUCCUCAGCGGCCUGCUGUCUCAGCUCAACCAGACUCUACAGACAGCCAAUCAGAUAGCAGAAAAACGCAUCCAGUAUCCAUUCCUGGGACCACCCUCCACCCGCCUGGCCCCGGCUCUGUCCAGCGGGAGCUGUCAGUGCCAGGCUGCCGCCCUCCAGCUGUCUGUCCACCUACAGGAGCUGGACACCGUCGGACUCGACGAGUCGACGGAGCUGCAAACCCAGAUCUGUAACGCUUUCAAAUCAUUAGUAGUUCAGCUUCAAGAAAUCCUGAAUAAAUGCAAAGGGGAUUUAUUGGACAUGAAAGAGGGCAAGUUAAAAACCUGGCCGUCCUUAUUAGAAAACCUAAUCUUCUUUGUUGAGACGGUGUGCAUAGUCUUGUGGAUGGCUAGUCACUGUGCCAAGAUCCUGCGACCACUCAAGACCAGCCUACAGAAGAAGAAGAAGAAGAAGAAAAAGGAUGCAAACACAGCUCUGCCGGUGGUGGUGUGUGGGUUCCAGGAGCUGACGGGGAGCUUGCAGGACCUGCUCACCCAGGCUUUGGAGCAUAUAAAGGGGCAAGAGACGGGCAUCACAGCCCUUAAACUGGCCAGUUUAAGCUUGGACGAAUACCCACAGGACGAAGCUUCGUUUAUGAAGGCUGCUAUGGACAAGGUGCAGAGCAGUUACCUGCGCUCGCUACAGGAGGCGGGAGACCUGCUCAAGAAGAGAGCGGAAACUAUAAAGAACCUCAAGAUCUGAACACCAUCACACAGCCCAAAUAAAGACGACUAUACCCCCUGCACCACCACCACAAAAUACCCCGCACCCUCGCCCCGACAUCUGUCAGCCCACCAGCUACACCCACGAGUCCGACUUUUUCCUCCCCGCUGGUCUCCACCCCGCCCGAGCACACUCAGUCGUUACUGACCUCCUUCCUUCUUUUUUCUCUCUUUGUUUUUCCAACACACACCUCUGGGACAUUUGCAACUCUUAUAGCACACAAGCUUGUAAAGUAAACUCAUAAAUUUAUACAGCAAAUAUGCGCGAAAAUGAGGAAGAAUUAAAAGAAAAUAAAAAUCAUAAUAAAAAAAAAAUUUAAAAAACAAAACAGACAAGCUCCUUUUAAAUAAAUAAAAAUAAAAAUAGAGCAAAUUAGAAAUAAAUAAGCAGUUUUAGAUGAACUAAUCUAAUAAAUUAUUGUACAUAGUACAUAACGAUAUAAGACACAAUAAACCACUAUUCUGUUUGUCAGUUUGUUUUUCUGGUAAACAAUCACACACACACACACACACACACAUGCGUGCACACACACACCGGGACUGUUAACACUAAAGGAGGAACUCUUCUUUGAAUGUGCUGCUGCUGUUCCAGCUGUUUCAAGAGCAAACGGGCACAAUUUUCCAUGAACUGAUGGAUAAACAUGGACACCACCUCAAUCAUAAUCAUGAAUUUCUUUCUUUUUUUUUUUUUUGGCUUUAUGUAUCUUGUGUGUGUCGCUUUGGUACUGAACGUGGAUCCACCUCUGUAGUCGCAGUAUUACAAAGAGCAGCGGAGGGUUGAAAUGAGUCUUUUUUUAUUUUGAAAGAAUCGUCUGCCGCUCUUGUUUCUCCUUUUUUUUUUUUUUUUAUAAUUAUUAUUAUUAUUUCUAGUAGAAGUGGUGCUUGUGAACAUGUCGAUUGUGGAACCGGGUCGAUCCAGCACAAAUCUAAUAAUCAGGCAUGGAUCAGAUGAUCAGAAUCCUUAAAAGACUGAGCUAAUUAUGAUUAUUUAAGAGGCAAAAAAUCAUCCAUUAAAACGUCACCACCUCCUCCUCCUCUGAGAGAUGCUUGAAUGCACGUUUUUUUUUUUUUUUUUUGGAUCGUUGUUUACUUUGACCCAGAUCUGAUUGUACAGGGCGGCUAUUUUCAGCCCACGAUGCGAGCAGCAGCUCUGUAGAAUCUGGGCCUCUUCUUCUGUCCAUGAAACAGUCGACGGAUGUGUUUAACGUUAAACAGACAUUGGACCUAAUUGUAAAUAAAUUUAAAGAAUUAAAAAAAAAAGUUGAGGCAGUUUUCAAA